CCCCGACUUAAUUUGGCUAUAAACUGUGUAAAUGGAACUCAAUUAUAUUUUCUCGGAGUAUGUUUUCCUAAAACAAAUCUCCAAUCACACGGUCUGUAUCGAGUUUCUUUGGUCGGUAUGAAGCUGCUGAUGUUUGUUUUUCUCAGAACCUCUUGUGUCUUGUGAUCACAUUGUUCUCAUCUUGACAUAAUGACCCUCACAUGUAAUACUGUGUGGAAACCAUUGAAUAAUUAUUAAUGCAGAAAUGUAUUCUGCUUUUGUGUCCUGAUCACAUUCCCCAGUGGACGGUUUCCAGAAUUCUCUCCUAAAUUUAUAGCUUUCUAAAAAUAAUCUGACCUGCCCACUCGCAGCUCUGCCUCCACCUUCCCGCCCCAGUGUGUGUCACAUUGUGCAGUAAUUUUAAAAGACAGAUGGACGACAGCGCUCAGUAGACACCUCUGGUCUCAGUCUGCAAACCGGCUCAUCCUCCGACACUCAGGAAGCGCUGACGGGACUGAAGACUCGAAGAGGAGAUUUCAGUCGAAAUGGCGGAACGCUACGACUGCACAGAGUGUAAGAAGACCUUGUACGGGCAGAAGUACAUCCUGAAGGAGGAGAACCCGUAUUGCGUUGAGUGCUACGAGGAUCUUUUCUCCAGCAACUGUGAAGUGUGCCAGAAGCUCAUCAGCUGCACCAGCAAGGAUCUGUCGUACAGGGAGCGCCACUGGCACAGCGAGUGCUUCCUCUGCACCAGCUGCAGCCGAUCUCUGGUGGAACGGCCUUUUGCCACCAAGGACGACAUGCCGAUGUGCAUCGAGUGCUACAGCAGCGAGUACGCCUCCAAGUGCCAUGCAUGCCUGAAGACCAUCAUGCCAGGCUCCAAAAAGAUGGAGCAUAAGGGCAACAGUUGGCAUGAGAACUGCUUCACCUGCAACCGUUGCCAGCAGCCCAUCGGCACCCGGAGCUUCAUCCAGAAGGAAUCCAACAACUACUGCAUGCCCUGCUAUGAGAAGCAGUUUGCCAUGCAGUGCGUCCAGUGCAAGAAGCCCAUCACCACCGGAGGAGUGAACUACCGGGACCAGCCCUGGCACAAGGAGUGCUUCGUUUGCAUCGGCUGCAAGCAGCAGCUGGCCGGCCAGAGGUUCACCUCUCGGAACGACUUCGCCUACUGCCUCGACUGCUUCUGCAACCUGUUUGCCAAGAAAUGUGCUUACUGCACCACCCCGAUCAGCGGCCUCGGGGGCAGCAAAUACAUCUCGUUUGAGCAGCGGCAGUGGCACAACGACUGCUUCAACUGCAAAAAGUGCUGCGUGUCUCUGGUGGGUCGAGGUUUCCUGACGUGCAAAGAUGACGUCCUCUGCCCCGACUGCGUCAAAGACUUCUGAGUGAUCUCCAAGCCGGAAAAAAAGAGUUUGUCCAAGUUGGCACAUUGAUUGGUUUCUCACACAUUAACGUACUGCUAAGGUGUUAUCUGCAUGCGCUGAUUUUACUGUUUUUCAUGCUAAUUAAUUGAAGCCUUUAUUCCAAAAUGAAGUUUUUGUUCUGUUUGGCUGAAUGUAUUGCUGUUUCAUUGGAAAGCAGUGUCAAAGAUUCUAAAACAAUUAUAAUGUGUAUAUCUCAUUUUGAAAUGAAACUCUGUUUCACCAUUUUUCAGAGAUAUAUUAAAGCAUAUUAAGAGUUAAGUUGUUUUAAUGUUUGGCACUGUGAUGCCAAUUAUAUAUUUAUAUGAGUUAACAUAACACUACUAACACUGUUUAUUAUAGUUAAAUAAAUUCAGUCUAAUUCAAUUACAUUUGUGAAGCAUAAUAAUAGUCUUUUGAAUUUAAUGAAUGCUUAUUGGCCAUCAGUGAUGCAGCUUGUAAUACUAAUUUUAAUAGUCAGUCCAUUUAAAUGUGAUUCCCUGAUGGAAAAUGUGCAUUUAAACCAUCAUGUAUAAUAUGAGUGGAAAGAAACGACUCAAUUGUCAGUAAAAGUGUAAUUACCACAUUGGAAUAACACUAGUAAACAGAGCAACUAUAUAGCUAAUGUAUUUAAUAAUAAUAAUAAUAAUAAUAAUAAUAAUAAUAAUAAUAAUAAUAAUAAUAAUAAUAAUAAUAAUAAUGCAGUUAUAAAUGUUUGUAAUCGAUUAAUAAUUGCUCAUGGAUUGCUCACUAACUAAUGAGCCAUUGUGUGUAAAGGUAUACAUGUUAUUAAGUGAUAAAUAAAGGAUUUUAAUGAUG